AUGCCCUCUCCCGCCCAACCAUCAACCCCCGAACGUGCUCCUGUGGCUGAGCCUUUGAUCACCCAAGAAUCCCCCAGGGCCAGAACUACGCACGGCAGUGUGGCAGAGCCCCAGGCCACACAAGUGACGGCCAACGACAAGCCCAUUUACUACAUCCCCCACCCAGACGAGUUCAUUGCGCGGAGGGCAUCGUUCCCUCACACCACCUACGUGAUUACCAAGGGGGAAGAAGUAGGGCUUUUCUCGGCAUGCUUCCCCACCUUUGAAGCAGCCUUCGACGUGUAUGCCCAUGCCUACAACAUGGGUACCCUUGAGCCCAUCCCCAUUUCUGGGGGCCGCUUCGAUGUUCCCAUUAAUAGGUUUUUUGACGACCAGCCUAAUUCAGACGAUUCAAUGAUGUGGCCUUGCGGUUGGACCGGCUGUCUUUCUAUUGUGCUUGUCCCUGCCUGA